AUGGGUCAACAGUUCUCAAGACUUCCUUCGGGCUUCCAACCUGGCGUAGACUCUUGGUAUGGUGUACUAUGCUCCCAGUUUCACUUUAUCCCGGAUUUCCGCGAGCCAGAUAUUCAGGAUUACUUUCUCAAACAAUGCGUCUAUUCUAGCUCUUUCAUAGGGUUGCUUCUCCUACUCAGUUGGUAUUACGGCCAGUCCAGCUUGAAAAAUCGCCUGGAUCCUGUCGGAGCUGCUAACGAAGAGCGAAAUGCCGCCGUUAAGGAGCGUGAUGACGCGCAACGUGCCUGGGUAGAGAUGAGGACAAAGCAUGAGCGAGCAAUGGAAACAAACCUGGAGCUCCGGGCCGAGCUCAGCACGGCUUUCAAGGAUCUACCAUGGUUGAAGCAUAGAAACACCGAACUUGCAGAGGAGAACAGCGUCCAGCACAACGAGAUCGAGCGCCUGGAAGGUUUCAAGCAGGACUAUGAUGAGCUUCUGCAACAAGUCUCUGUGUACGGAAUGUCCGCGAAGCGACCAGAAUACUACCAGCAGAGAUCCGAGCAAACCCAGAGACAGCUCGAGAUUUCAAACAAUCUCCUGGAGAAGUCUGAGAAAUGCGUCAAGGCUCUCGAGGAGAAGCUCGGGACUCAGCGCGAAAAGGACAACAAGGAGAAAGAGUGGCUACGAUCUCAGCUCAAGAAGAAUGCAAGAAGCACCGCGUACUGGGCAAAGUACCGCCCAAAUGCCCUAGAUACCAAGCCCGCUUGGGGAGUGCGUUGUGCAUGCACAGAGCCGGAAAUCGCAUAUGGCCUAAAAGACCAAAACCCUAGAAUUGUUGAGCUGGAGGCUACAGUGGCUGCACGCGAUCUAACGAUCAAGCGUCUUCGAGAGAGGCGCCCCGUAUGGAAUUCGGGCAAGAAUGACGCCGCGUCCACGUCCAACGCCGAUCACACAUCCCUUCCUUUAACAGAGGUUUCAAAAUCCGACUCUAUUACCGGGUCUCAAACCCUCACGACGACCCUCGUGCAUACAUGCGAGUAUGAGGAGCAAUGCAAAACCCUUGGUAAACAGGUCGCUGAUGAUGCGGAGACCAUAAAACAGCUCCGCAAAGAGUGCCAGGAUUUGGGGGAACCAGCCUCGAAUAAGGCUACCGCAGAUACUGUAGAAUUCGAUGCUACGGCCGAGCUAAAGGGGCAAUUGGCUGCAAAGGACACGGAGAUCAAAGACCUUCGAGCCGAGAAGGUGGUGAUGAGCGAUGAGGUAGGAGCGAAGAAUGAAACGAUCAACGGCCUUCGAAAAGAGAAGGUGACAGGGAGCGAAGAGCUAGCCAAGAACAAUCAAGCUAUCAAAGACCUUCGAGAGGAGAAGGUGACCAUGGGCGAAGAGCUAGCCGCGAAGGAUAAGGAGAUCAACGAUCUUCGAGAAGAGAAGAUGACAGCAGAUAAGAAUGCAACCACAGCAAUCUCAGAUUUGCGCCAGGAAAUAUCUGAUAGUCGCAUCAGUUUGGUGGAAGCACGUAAAGUGAGUGCCGAGUGUGAACAUGAACUGGGAGAACAGAAGACCAAAAUCAGCGAACUGGAGGCUGCUCACCGUGGACUGGAAGACGCUGUCAAGCGAAAGGAUCGCGAAAUCAAUGACCUUCAGAAAAAGAAUCAGGAAAUCGCCGAACAACCAGCCCCAGGAUACGCAGAGAAUCUCCAGCGCCUAACGACAGCAAACUCCGAUUUGGACGACUUACGCCGUGAACAUUGCGAGUGUAAAGAGCAUUCAGAGAGUCAGAAAGCCAGAAUCAGCGAAUUAGAGGCCGCUGGACGCGAAUUAAGGGCGACAGUCAAGGUCAAAGACGACAGAAUCACAGAACUCGAGGGUCAGAUCAAUAAUGCCCCAAGCAAAGAUCUCAUCGAGCGUCAUAUUCAAUCCCAGAAUGACGCUAUUAGCAAUAAGGAUCGGGAUUACCAAGCGCUGUACGAUCUCUACAAUAAGAUGUUGGGUCAAGAGGCGCUUGCGGAAGCCAAGCAUAAUGAGGACAUGCAGUCACUGAACACAAUGCAGCAGAGCGUCACCGCGAAGCAGCUAGAGCUACAACGUUUGUGGGACGAAUACAACAACCUCCGCUCCCACCAUACAAACUGUGAAGGACGAACCACUGAUCUCACGAACCAACUUCGUCAAGGUGCCAAUACCUACACUGACCUACAAACUAAAUAUAACACCCAAGCAACGGAGCUGGACGUGGUAAACCAAAAUGCCCGCGGGCUGCGAAGCGAAGUCGCCAAUUUACAACAAACCAACGCCAACCUCGAGCAGAUGAAUUCCUCUUCUGAAAGCAAUUUCGAAAAGUAUCGUGUCGAAGGUGAGAACCGCGCGCGUCCAAUCUGGCAAGCGAACCUUGAUCGUGAAAUGUCUACUCAGGCAUUGAAGCUCGAGGCAAGUGAGGGACAGGUUUUCAAGCUGGAGAACCAACUCCAGCAAGCGAAAAACCAGGCAAGUCCCCUCCGGGAAAUGCAGAUCAAAGCGCGAGAGGAUGCCGUCCAACUCAAGGAAGACGCGCUCAAGCUCGAUAAGGAUGCCAUGGUUCUUGACCAGGAUGGGUCCAAGGCGGAUCACGAGGUCAAAACAUUGGAGAACAAAUUGGCGGCAGCGAACAAAGACGCAGGCGACGCUCGUGUUCGAAACCGUGGCAUCCAGAGCCAGCUAAACAAGGAGAGAAAAGAGCGGGCAGAUGAGAAGGCGAGGCACGAAAAAGUGUUGGAGAAGGAGCGGGAGGACUCCGAGAGGAGGAGCGAUUUCUUGAAGCUUCGUCUUGAGAGAGAAAACCCUCUCAAGGGCACGGUCAGCAACCUUCAAGACGAGGUUGCAAGACUCUCGAAAGAGCUCGGGGAGCAGCAAUCACGUGGAAACGAUGCAUGA